CAGACACGAGCGAAAUGCUGCUCCCUUGUGUCUCUCAUAAGUAAUAUUUAGCAUGUUAAUAGGUCUGUCUUCCUGAAUCGAUUCGAGGCACUGUUUACUGACGUGGCGAAGAGAGAGGAGCUGUUCAUUUCGUGGUUCACAACUAUUGGACGCUUUUAAAAAAAUCGUUUAGUAUUUUUAGCAAAGCAGCUGGCAUGUUGAAACUACGGCUGGUGUAAAUAUAACUGCAAUAUCUUGACACUGUUUUUACAUUAAGGUGGGGACUCUGCAUUUGUACUUACACCUGAGUAAGUUAUCUGUAAAGUUUGUUGUUGAUGCAGAGCACUUGCAGCGGCUUGGGAAAACAAAUCUCAGUGCCCUUGUUCUCAGUAAUAAACAAAUAGCUGUUUUAUUUGCAUCGGACGACCCGAGUAUCUGUUAAAGAGGUAGGCGCAAUGUAAACGCUUCUAACAGCUUCCAGCUUGAAUAAUGUAAUGGCUGCUAACACGAAACUGACAUUAUACACAAGUUCCGCACUGUAAAGUUUAAGUUCCCGAGAAGCCGGUCAAGGAGAUGCCGCAGAUCAACGCAGUGGCUGUCAUUCAGAUUAGUCUGCUGCUCUCAGCGUUGCCCGCUCAGUAUCUCAUUUGCAAAUGGACUGGGAGUAAUGUUGCUCAACAGCAACGUGCCACACGACGGCUACUCAGCACUUGGAAUAACUUUAGAACAUCCUAUUUAAAUCUGGAUGCCUGGCUGGACUGGCUGAGACACUGGGUUUCUAAAUUCACGUCCACUGCAGCGAGUGAAGAGGAUGAUCCCCAGGGUGAAUCGCCUGCACUGGAGGUGUUGCUCUUUCAAAAUGAAAAGGAGUAUUUUGGAGGUUCUGCAGACAUUCGCAGUCCGAGGGACCCAGCAGUUCUGUAUCGGGUGGGACAGGUGGUCAGGGAAAAGGACAAAGAAAUGAUAGGCGUCAUUGUGGGCUGGGAUGAGAGAUUAAAGGCUCCUCCAGAGUGGACUGCCAAAAUGUACUCUGACAAGAAGCAUCUUGAAGAUGUUCCACACUAUAAGGUUAUUUUCAAUGGACCCAACCCAAAGGCAAUACUAGUGGGUUAUAUUCCACAGACAGCACUAGAGGGUGUUACAGGCAUUAAGCCAGACAUCCCCACUUUGGACUCUUACUUUACUCACUUUGAUGGAGAGCGGUUUAUCAUGCAGGCCUGGCUGAAGGCUCUCUAUCCUCACGACUGAAGGAAUUGCUGCAUUCAGAUCACUUCAAACAGGUAUCUGCAUGGGGCAAACUGCGUUGACUACUUUGUUAAAAUAAAAAGGACUUUUUGAAAUCCCUUUUUAAUAAGCAAAAGGAAUGGAAAGAUUAAGCCAGAAAAAAUGUCUCCUGGGAUUACAAGACUACUGAUACCUUGUGCAUGAAUUGUGAUAAAAAGUGAAUUGCUGUUUAACGACAAACUAAGAUUGCAGAUCUCUGUUCUGCAUUAUUUUGCUAUGCAUUUUUUUGUCAAAUAAUUAAGACAACUAUAAAUACAUUAUGUUGACCUUUUUCCUACCACUAUCCAGCAAGCCAGUAUAAACUUACUGUUUAAUUUAAAAUAUUUUUUGAACACAGACAAAGACAAAAUAGUAUACAAGGUCCUAUUCACAAGAGCUAUAAAAUAAAGAUAUUUGCGAGCAUCCCAUGUGGGAGUGCGUAUUUGCAUUACUCACAUUUGUGUCUGCUGCGCAAAAUGAAUUACUUCAUUCAUAAGACUUUGUUUGUUUGUUUGUUUGACAAACUUUAACUAGUGCACAUAGAGUAUAAUAUACAUUCUUGGCUUCCGAUUCAUAAUGGCUGCCUGCCCGUUAUUGUCAAACAUAUAAAGGUUGCGGUUUAGAUUUGGGGUAGAACUGGAUAAACAGUGGCCAACUGUCCCCUUUAUGUAAUAUCUUGCAGUUUAAAUUGCUACUGGAAAUUGUAAUAUUUACCCUUCAUUUGAGAGUGCGAUGUAUAUUAAUGCUUGAAAGUUGAUUUUUUUUUACAUAAUCAUUUAAUGUGUCUGCAUAUACUAAUAUUAAUUUACCCCAUUAUUUACUUGCAACAAACUAUGUGGAGGUUAAUUCUAUUCUAUAUUACAAGAACAAAAAGCUGUCACACCUAAGACAUGUACAAGAACUCGUAACUCAUUUUUAAUUGCAUAAUUGUGUAAUACAGACCUGAGAGUAAGAAUGCAAUUUUAUUUCAGACAGAGAUACUUUUCUGCCCUCUAAUCUAUAUAGGAACUCAAGAAAUUUAUAAACACAUCUUAGUGAUGCAAAGUGCUGUACCUGAAAACAUUCUCUGAGGAUAAUCUGGAGCUAAAAUCACAAACUCUCUUGGUUACAUUUUAACCAAUAUAUUUUUCUGUAGGUAUCUAAAUAAGACAUUAUUAAGGUAAAUUAGGGCAACUAAAAAUAAUUGAUCUUACCAUAUUAGAGAGGUACCAAACAUAAUGCUCCCAAAGGUUCCAACUUAUCCUUCGAGCGUAAACCAAAGACAGUACAAAUUGUCCUAAUUAACUGUAUAUUAAAUUCUUACUGAAUUUUAAAUGGCUGUAAAAUUGGAUUUAACCUAUCUCAACUCCUUUUCAGUUAAAUGAAUAUAAGAAAAUCAAAAACACUGGAUGUUCCAAAUUUGUGCAUUUAUUACAUAAAAGUACAUUUUAAUGAAAGUUUGGGUUUAGCUACUGUUUGUAAAAAAAUACCAUAUUUUUAAAUAUAUAUAUUUGUUCUUGUCAAAUGGAUAUUUAUUCACCCAGUAAGUGGAGUUAUAAAACACUUAUGUAAAAUGGUAUGUAAACUAACUGUUUUUCUUUCCUUUUGCCUUAAUCUCAAAUGAAGCAAAGAUUCUUGAUGAAACAAA